CGAACACACCAACAACUCCUUUCUGAGUGGCAUCACGUCAGGCGCAAAUUCCAUCAAGAGUCGCGCAAACACCGUCGCCAUGUCGUGGAGAAACCAGGGGAUCACGGGAUCCAACAACAUCCCACUCGGCAACCGGCGCCGCUUUGGUGGUGAUGAGCCAGCCGUGAAAGACGAGUCGCCUGCUCGCACUUUCACGUCCGAGGACCGCGACCUCAAGCGUGGUCGCAGCCCCGAGCCUCGCACUGAUUCUAGUGGCCCUCGACAGCGCAAGAAGCGCAACAGAUGGGGCGAUGCCUCCGAGAACAAGGCCGCUGGCCUGAUGGGACUCCCGACCGCGAUCAUGGCCAACAUGACUAGCGAACAGCUCGAAGCAUACACGCUCCACCUGCGUAUCGAAGAGAUCAGCCAGAAGCUGAGGAUCAACGAUGUUGUGCCGGCGGACGGCGACAGAUCGCCUUCGCCGCCACCCCAAUAUGAUAACCACGGCCGACGUGUCAACACACGCGAAUACCGCUACCGCAAGCGCCUUGAAGACGAACGCCACAAACUGAUCGAGAAGGCGAUGAAGACCAUUCCUAACUACCACCCUCCUCAGGACUACCGCCGACCGACCAAGACCCAGGAGAAGGUCUACGUGCCGGUGAACGACUACCCGGAGAUUAACUUCAGUGAGAUUGCUAACCCUCUAACCUUUCUAACCACCUCCCCUCCCCACAUCCAGAAGCUAGCUGGGAAGUACCAACGUCGUUCUGCGAUAGAUGGUGCAAACAGGCUGGCCGCAAGCUGUCUAACCACCAUUGCCAAGCUCGUGAUGAAAUUGCCGUGCACUAACACUAACCUCUCUCUAAUCAAGUCGGUCUGCUGAUCGGACCCCGUGGAAACACUCUAAAGAAGAUGGAAACAGAAUCGGGUGCCAAGAUCGCCAUUCGUGGAAAGGGCUCCGUCAAGGAGGGUAAAGGCCG